AUGUCCAUUGUUCCCGAUAACUUCAAAGCUCAAAUCAACCAGGGCGUCCCAGGCAAUGUCAAGGCUAGACCUGACCCCUUGCCUGCAGGAAAGAAGAUUGCCCCCAACAAGAAGCAGCCUUGUGAAUUCGAUACCUCCUUCGAAAGCGGCGCCACCAAGGCCCCUGUGAAUGGCCGUGAUAGCAACACUGCAUCUGCAUUCUCCGAGGUGGAGGCUGCUUUGGCUGAAGAGGAUUGGUCCAAGGCCAUCAGAGUGCUCUGGUACUUGAAGUUGAGUACCUUCAUCAACGAGGACUCAGCCAACGUCUGGGCAUAUGUUGCAUUUGCUUUUGCUCAUUUGGGCUUCUCUGAGCACGUUGGUUUUGCAUUGAAGAAGAUCAAGGAGGCUGGCUUGGACCAGACGGUGUUGAAGCCGGAGGUGAUGACCGAGUUGAAGAAGAUCAGCAAUUAG